AUGCAUCAGGAAGAUCGCAUCGGCAAAUGCCUGGAAGUGGAGGAGAAUGCCGGGAGCUCGGCUAGGCGGUUCCCAGGACAGCACCGUGAGGGAGAGGGGCGGGGCGACGAAGGUGCUGGACGCCGGCCUACGGCUACCCCGGAACGUUUAGGGGCGGGGAGCCGGGAAACUACUGGACCGCAGGCGUGCGCGCAGCGAAUCUUCCUUCCGGGUCCCAAACUCCGUGACAGUGCGCUUCAGGAGCGGUGUAAACCUUGUGCACGUUCCUCCGAUCGCAUUUUAUCCCCGCGUGCUCUUCUGGGGCGCGCGUUCUCCGGCGUCCUGGCUACCCCAGCGGUGGCCGUCAGGGCAGUGGCCUGGCUGCUUCUCUGGGAGGCGGCUGGAUUCACCUGCUCGCCGGCCACAACAUUCAACAACACCCACUUCGUCGCCGGUAUAAGGGCCACUUGUUCUGAAAUUACUUUGAGACAAGAAGUUUUGAAAGAUGGUUUCCACAGAGACCUGUUAACAAAAGUGAAAUUUGGAGAAAGCAUUGAGGACUUACAGACCUGCCGACUCUUAGUUAAACAGUACAUCCCAACAGGACUUUUUGUGGAUCCAUAUGAGUUGGCUUCAUUACGAGAGAGAAACAUAACAGAGGCGGUGAUGGUUUCAGAAAAUUUUAAUAUAGAAGCUCCCAACUAUUUGUCCAAGGAAUCUGAAGUUCUCCUUUAUGCUAGACAAGAUUCACAGUGCAUUGAUUGUUUCCAGGCUUUUUUGCCUGUGCACUAUCGCUAUCAUCGGCCACAUAUUAAAGAUGGAGAAACGUUUAUUGUGGUCCAUAACCCUGACUUAUUGAUGUAUUGUGACCAAGAGUUUCCAGUCUUGAAAUGCUGGGCUCAGUCAAAGGUGACAGCUCCUUGUGCUUUGAACAGUAAGGAUAUCUGUCAAUGGAACAAUAUGAAAUAUAAAUCAGUAUACAAGAAUUUGACUCUACAAGUUCCAGUGGGACUGACCAUACAUACCUCUUUAGUAUGUUCUGUGACUCUGCUCAUUACCAUCCUGUGUUCUACUUUGAUCCUUGUGGCUGUUUUCAAAUAUGGCCAUUUUUCCCUAUGAAUUUUAUGUAGUUAAAUACUUUCCAUAAACCUAAAUAAGACCUAUUCAUUUGUGACUAGAAGUGUUCUUCUAGAAUUAUGUCAUUACUUUUGCCUUUUGUCUUCAUUUAUGGCUAAUAUUAUGUUUACUAGAGGAAAUUCUGGAUCAUUCUCAACUAAUUUCAAAAUUCAGUGCUCUAUUGUGUAGACCUCUAAUAAUCCUCAAGCAUCAGGGGCCAGUACGGGAAACUUGAUUCUGUUAAAUUAAUAUUAUUUAUGAGAAGUGACUUAAUCUUCAUUUCGGUUAUAAAUAAAUACUUUAUUAGAGACAAAUUAUUGCUAAAAAUUGAGAAAAUUAUUAUGAUUGAGACUAAUUUGGAUGAAUCAGAGCUUAUUUAAAUGUUAGUUUUAUAAGAAUAUUAACUUACGCAGUUUCAAAGAAAAUUAUUAAAGUAGGACUUCUAAGAAAUUAAUAUCAAAAUUGAUUAUUCCUUGAAGCUUUUCCAUUCUCUUUUUAUAAUGCUGCUUUUGAAUAUAUGAAUUGGCAAAGGAUUGAUGGAGUUAAGUACUAAUACUAAAAAGUAUAUUUUACUAAGUUGUAUAGUUACAAAAGUUUUUGAAUCUUCAGGUGAUUUUUUUUUAAGAACAAAAGGUCUUGGUUUAUUGUUUUUCUUUGGAAGAAAUUAGAAAAUAAAGCAAAUGCAUAAGCUAAUUAAGAAAUAAAAGGGCAAGCAUCUUCCAAAACAGAAGCCAAUAACUAGGGUAUGUUUUGUAUAGCAUAAUGGGAUAUGAUAUACUUUAUAUAUGCUAUCACUGGUUAAUUUCCUAAAACAUUCUGAUAUUUUUUAAUGGGAAUAAAUAUUUUCUAAUUUGCCAUGUUAA